GAGGGCAUUCGGGUUGCAACUGAAAUAUAUACCAGAAACUGGACAUUUGGAAUACUUUGGUAUAACCCGCCUCCUUUUAUUAGAGUUCAUCGCAAAUACGCUAUGGACUGUGGAUUUAAAACAUGUAAAUACAACAACUGCAAAAUGAGUUUUGAUAGAACAGAUGCAAACAAAAGCCAGGCAAUUAUAUUUGAUGGCCGAUUUAUGCCACGAAAGCUUCGAUUUACUCGUCCAGAUGGCCAAGUUUGGAUUUUUGCGGCUCACGAGUCCCCGCUUACAUACGGUGCUGGUGGAAACUGGUGGUACAAAAAUACAGAAUAUAUAUUCAAUUGGACAAUGACCUAUGACAGGGAUAACACAGACAUAUUUCUACCAUAUGGAGAAAUACUAAAACGCAAACAUAAGGAAAGGAGAGACUUCAAGUCAAUAGCCCAAAAUAAAAACAAGACGCUUUUGAUGAUAGCAUCACACUGCAGCACACACUCGAAAAGACAAGAGUAUGUUAACGAAUUGAAGAAAUAUAUUGAUGUAGAUAUCUUGGGAAGUUGUGGUAAAAAGUGGAACUGUGGAACUCACUUCACACAUGAUGAAAACUGCUUUCAAAUUUUGAAUACAACUUACAAAUUUUAUUUAGCAUUUGAGAAUGCCCUAUGUCAUCAAUAUAUCACGGAAAAAUUUUACGAAAAUUUCAACUACGAUCUGAUAAUGUUGACACGUGGCGGUAGUAAGGAGGAAUCGAAAAUAUUCUUUCCUAAAGGAACAUACGUAGCAACAGAAGAUUUCAAAUCAAUCAAGGAUCUUGGAACUUACUUGAAAACCCUUACCGUCAAUAAAUAUGCUGCACUGCUUAAACGAAAGAGUCAGUUUUAUUCUCCGGGGUAUUUACAAGUCUAUCAAAGAGCAUUGUGUGACAUAUGUGAAAGAAUGAAUUUCGAGGACAAAUAUUCAAAAACUAUUGAAAACAUUACAAAUUGGGCAUUUGGAUCUCAGCCUUGUCUCAAAUCUCAAGAUAUUAUAGAUAUUUGAUGAAGUCGUGCGAUUAAUACCAUGUACUUAGCCGGUCAUUCAAAUACAGUGUAUGGAAUUCAAUAAAAUUCAACAAACAUUUUGUGGAAUAAAUAGUCUAUUGCAAUAUCAAACAAAGAAACUUGUCAUCGAAAAUAUCAUCGAUAUUGUACAUGCUGUAUGUAAAAUUACAUCAAAUAUGUCUUAUGGUCGUUAUUGAUCUACUUACAGUAUAAGUAUGAAUGUUUGCUGGGAAUAUUUGAAAUAAAAUACGUGAAUUAGAUAAAAUCUUUCCAUGCCAGAACAUACUUGAAAUCUUAUUCUUAUACGCUUGUUUCCGUUAAAACAAGCUUAUUCGAACAUGACGUCAUGUUAACGGGCGAUGACGUCAAUGUUAUUGUAACGACCAAGAAAUAGCGCUUCUAUACUUUAUCUUCUGUUUUUGAUAAAGGGAAUAUUAGAAUCAAAAUAACGUAUAGAAAAAUCGUGUUUUAAUAUUAUUUAUACACUAAAAAAUGGUUAUACGUCCGCGGAAUAAUUUCAUGAGGGAGUAGCCCGAUUGAAUUAUACUAGCGAAGUAUAACUGAGUUUGUGAGCAAAAAUGUAAGUAGAACAUUAUUUUGCUAUACACUAUUUUGAUUCUUACAUUCCCUCUAUCUAUAAAAAAAGAUAAAAUAUAGUAGCGCAGCAAAAACAUUGACGUCAUCGCCCGUUAACGUUAGCGUAACCAUGUUUUAACGGGAACAAACGUAUUAAGAAUAAGAUUUCAAGCAGGUUCCGGCAUGGAAACAUUAGUAUUUAUUCCAUUUCAGUAUUUUCAAAACUCAAAACUUUGAUUCUCUUACCGAAUUAAGACAAACACAUUCACAAACAAAACUCUUGUAAAACCAUAUUAACUUUCCGUUCAUAAGAGUUAACAAACAUCCAGACUUUUGUUUUGAACGUUCUGUACAUACGUGUACGUACUUGGACGUGUAUCCUUUCGGGUAUUAUUACUAACAGUCACUUGACAAACGUCUUGUAAUAGAAAUACUUUACGGUGAAACGGUACACCGUUUAAAUUGAUUUACAAUAUAUAUUUCUGUUG